CUGUCGUCUUCCGCCGCGUUGCCCAGUUCAGCAGCGUUCGUGUGAUCGAUCUGCUUGAACGUCAGCAGCUUGUGAUCCUUGCAAGUCGGAGAGAUUUCCAUAGUUCACCGUGCAUCCAAAAACUAGCUGAGGACUGGGGUUCGAAAAAGAAACGCGAAAGGAAACUUCAAUACGUUCGAAACAACAUGGACCCAAAACUCGAAGAAAUCCUGGCACCGCUCCGGCUGUCAGUUAAAGAACAGGGUGAUGUCGUUCGAGAUCUGAAAACCUCAGGCGCUCCGGAAUUGGAUAUUAAGAGGGCAGUUGCCGAGCUGAAAUCCAGAAAGAAAAUACUAGAGGAUAAAGAGCUGGCGCUAUGUCCUGCCGACGCUACCUUCGACAGAACUCGGAUGGAAGAUCUCUUGAAGAGACGUUUCUUCUACGACCAGUCCUUCGCCAUCUAUGGAGGAAUCACAGGGCAAUAUGAUUUCGGGCCGAUGGGGUGCGCGACGAAAAACAAUUUUCUCCAAGCCUGGAGGAGACAUUUUGUACUCGAAGAGGGCAUGCUCGAAGUCGACUGCUCGAUCCUGACUCCUGAAACAGUUCUCAAAGCAUCUGGUCACGUGGAUCGAUUCGCCGACUUCAUGGUUAAAGACGUCAAGAACGGCGAAUGCUUCCGUUUGGAUCACUUGAUAAAAGCCCAUCUGGAAAAAGUAGCCGCGGAUAAAAAAUCAUCGCCGGAACUGAAAGCGGAAUGCGAGACCAUCGUCAUAAAACUCGAUGGCAUGACCGAAGAAGAGCUGAGGAACGUUCUCAGACGUUUCGACAUGAAAUCGCCGAUCACCGGAAACGACCUCACUGAUCCGAUCGAAUUCAAUCUGAUGUUUGCCACUCAGAUCGGGCCCUCUGGCCUGAUCAAGGGAUUUCUCCGUCCGGAGACCGCCCAGGGAAUCUUCGUCAACUUCAAGAGACUGCUCGAGUUCAACCAGGGCAAGCUGCCUUUCGCAGCCGCUCAGAUCGGGUCCGCGUUCCGAAAUGAAAUCUCACCCCGCUCUGGACUCAUCCGGGUCCGAGAGUUUCAGAUGGCCGAGAUCGAGCAUUUUGUCGAUCCAUCGAACAAGGCACAUCCCAAGUUCGGAAGUCUCCAAGAUCUCGAGUUGGUUUGCUAUUCCGCUUGCGACCAAAUGGAAGGGAAGGCAGCGAAAGCAGUACGUUUAGGCGAUGCCGUAGCCACGAAACUGAUCGCGAACGAAACCCUCGGGUAUUUCUUGGGAAGGAUUCACCAGUUCCUCGUGAAAAUCGGCAUCGAUCCCAACCGACUGAGAUUCCGUCAACACAUGGCUAACGAAAUGGCUCAUUACGCUUGUGAUUGCUGGGACGCCGAAAUCAAGACCUCCUACGGAUGGGUCGAGUGCGUCGGCUGCGCGGAUCGUUCGUGUUUCGAUCUUCAACAGCACAGCAAAGCAACGAACGUUCGCCUCGUGGCCGAGAAGCUGCUGCCCGCUCCGAAAACGGUUGAUUUCGUCGAGGUCAUCCCUCAGAAAGCCGUUGUUGGGAAAGUGUUCAAAAAGGAGGCGAAAGAUGUCCUGGAUGCUCUCUCAACGUUCAGCGGAGAACGAAUCGCAGCGAUGGAAGCGGAUCUGCAGAAUGGAACCGCCCAUAAGAUCACGUGCGCAUCCGGGAAGGAAGCCGAGAUCACCAAGGACAUGAUCCAGGUUAAGAGAGGAUCCAAGACCCUGCACGUCGAAGAAGUAGUACCGGGGGUGAUCGAACCAUCUUUCGGAGUUGGGCGAAUUCUUUAUUCGCUCUUCGAGCACAAUUUCAGAACUCGAGAAGGCGAUGAGCAGAGGACCUAUUUCUCUCUGCCUCCAAUCGUCGCACCUCUCAAGUGCUCGGUCCUACCCUUGUCCGGCAACGCAGAGUUCGUCCCGCUCGUGACGAAGCUCUCAGCUGAGCUCACUCGUUGCGAUGUGAGCCACAAGGUCGACGAUAGCGCGGGAUCGAUCGGAAAGCGGUACGCUCGUACCGACGAGAUCGCGAUUCCCUUCGGUGUCACCGUGGACUUCGACUCGCUCGCGGAACCGCACACUGCGACGUUGAGAGAACGAGACUCGAUGACGCAAGUUCGCUGUCCCGUUGACGAUAUUCCGCAUCUGAUUCGCGAUCUCAGUCUGGGCAAAAUCACUUGGCAGAACGAGGUCCAGCCCAAGUACCCCAAGUUCGAACAACAGGAGGCCACUAAGUAAUUGCUGUGACUUGUCGGGAACGGAAUAGGGAAGCGAGAGACAUUGCACCCACACUCGGGCAGCGCACAUCUGAAUUCUAUCUCUCAUGCUUUAUAAAUGUGUCGCGAAUUAAAUGUGAAUGUCUGGAGAAUGCUUGCGUUCAGGGGGCUAAAAAGAUUAGGGGCGCAAAAGGUUCUCAACCAUACCAACGAAACUUCGAUUGAAGUCCGGAUAGCGACUCGGGCCGCCCAUCGGAAUAAACUCAUUCAGAAAA